AUAAUUGAAGAAGAAAACAAAAAAGAAGCUGCUGAAGAAUUAGGAUUGCAUCAAGCUGCAGAUUUGGUUGUUACUGAUGAUGAAAACGAUGAAGCCGCUUACGAAUCUUGGAAACUUAGAGAAUUAAAGCGCAUUAAGAGAGAUAAGGAAGAAAAAGAAAGAUAUGAGAAAGAAAGAAUGGAAGUUGAAAGGAUCCAUAACUUAACAGAAGAAGAAAGAAGAUCUGAACAGAGAAACAAUCCAAGAACAAUUACAAAUAAAGCUGCAAAAGGAAAAUAUAAAUUUUUACAAAAAUAUUAUCAUCGUGGUGCCUUUUUCAUGGAUGAGGAGGAAAAUAUAUUCAAGAGAGAUUUUUCUGCUCCAACAUUGGAAGAUCAUUUUAACAAGACAAUCUUGCCAAAAGUUAUGCAGGUCAAAAACUUUGGGCGUUCUGGUCGUACAAAAUAUACACAUUUGGCCGAUCAAGACACCACUCUCUUUGAUUCCCCGUGGGUAAUAGAGACAACACAGAAUACAAAAUUUAGCAUGCAACAAGCUGGUGGAAUGAAACAAUUAUUUGAACGUCCUUCUGCCAAAAAACGCAAGAAGUGAAUGGAUGAAAUUUGUUCAAAAAAUAUUUGCAGUGACUGUAAAUUAUUUUAUAACAUCAGAUUAUGAAAAUGAAUGUUAAUUGGACAUCAGCAUUAUUCUGAUGUUAGUUUUAUUCUGUACAUAAGUCUGUAAUGAUUUUUUAAAAAAUAGUCCUGUAAAAUAUAUAAGUAAGAUUGAUUGAUUGAUUACAUUAAAAUUCAUAUACAUCAUGUCUCAACUGCCUAAUAAUUAAA